AUCACCACAGCGCAAGAAAUGAGAGGAAGGUGUCAUAUGGGUAUAAUGGUGGCGUGAAUUCGUAAUCGGCUUUCCUCAUUUCGUCAUUUACCUUUUUACCAUUCGCUCAACAACCUCUGUUGGAGUUGCCGCACGCGAGCGAGACAUCUUGCCAAACAUCAUGCAGACGGAGAAAAUAAAGAUCAUGCUAUUCGCUUUAUUCUUCUUACCCAAAGGCCAAGCGCUAAGAUGUUACGGCUGUACAGGUCACGACCCGACGAAACCCUAUGAUGUCAUCAGCAACAACCCCGCAUGUGCAGACGGACAAUUUGACGCCACCAAGUUACAAGUAUAUUCCAGUAACAGCAAUGGGUUCGUGUGUUACGCGAUCACCUACACCGCUGGCGCGUCGCAGGUGACCCAGCGUUACAUGACAGACCUGACCAGAUCUCGUGUCACAGCGGAAAGAACAAUCAGAACGACAUUCGAAGGCUACUACUGCCCCGAGGAACUCUGUAAUGGAGGGAGCACGAGCGCGGGCGUCACUCGCUGCCUCGCCGCGCCCCUGCUGUUGCUACUGCUGAUGCUGAUAUGCCUGAGCUCUCUUUGCUCGUAUUCCGCCUCGUACUGAAUGAAGGAAAUCGUGAGAUUCAUGUUAACUGAAAAUGUAAUAAUACACAUACAUAGAAGUUUAUCCGUAAUGCACACACACA